UUGUAGGUCAUUGUAGAUAACCCUAGCACCGAAUUAUAAAUUUCUUUCAUUAAACGUGAGAGUGAAUAAAGAACUUUCUCAUCACAUUCAGUUCUUUUUCUAACAGCGAUCAUCAAGCAUCGAAAAUUUAAUAGAAAAAAGUCAUCUUUUCAAUUUGCAAUUUAAAAAAUGUAUCAUAGUGAGAAAAUUAGAUUUUUCAUCGUCAUGUUUGGCAUCACAUCCGUUACAGCUUUUCAAUUUAAAGCCGGACAGUGUCCGGAAGUCACACCAAUGAGAGACUUCGACAUGAAUCGAUUUCUGGGAUUAUGGCAUGUAGUUGAAGGAACUUUAACAAACAAGUCGAUAGAAUGCCUCACGUUUAAUGUCACAAAAUUGGAUUCAAACACAUUCGCCAUGACACAAUUGCCACAAAAUCUAACAUCAAAAUUAAUUCCUGAACAUGAUAUUCCAGGAAGAAUGAACAUUGGCGUGAAUGCAUCGUCUGAUGCUAAUUUUAGUGUGUUGAUCACUGAUUAUAAUAAUUUUGCUGGAUUUUUCAUCUGUAAAAAUAGUUCCGUGGGUAAUUUCUAUCGUGCUGCGGCGGUCUUGUCAAGAACAAAGCAAUUAUCAAGCCUCCAACACAACAUUGUGAAAGAAUAUUUUCACAGUUAUGACGUUGCAGACGAUGAUCUAACUGGGAUUAUUAAUACUUGUUAACAACAUGAUUUCUAUUCGUAGAAUUUUCAUAGAAUAAACGAAUUUAUAUUGAUAACUGAAUCAUUUUGUUAGCUCGGUCAUCGAAGUGUACAUUGUUGAUUUGAUUGAGGCCAAAAAUAUAAUAAGGAAACAUUUUAAGAAUUCGA